AUGUGGAUGUUUUCUUGGUUUUGUGUUAUUUUAAUUCUGUUGGCUAUUGCUGGUAUGGACACAAUAUCAAAAACCACACCCUAUAUCAAGUUUACGAAGAAAUCUGGGGGAAAAGAGACGCGGAAGGAUGUAAAGCCAUCUGGAGGCCUGCCUCCAGCAGAAGAAGGAACGCCCUUCACAAGAGGGGCUGACAUGGCCGAACCGACCCCUGACCCCUCAGGCCAAGCGUCUACCUUUGGCACUGCCACGUCCUUCCCCUUUGCCAACUUCACCCUCCACUCGGCGGAUUUCUUUUUGAACUGCUGUGACUGUUGUGCGUCAGUACCAGGGCAGAAAGGAGAACCCGGAGAGACUGGAAAUCCAGGUCCUAAGGGAAGGGUUGGUGAUGUGGGGAUCCCAGGGCCACCAGGAGUCAUUGGACCCCAAGGUCCAAAAGGCCAGAAAGGAGAGAAAGGACUUAAGGGAGAACGUGGGGACCAGGGAGCAAGUGGAGUUCCGGGCUACCCAGGGAAACACGGAGAACCAGGUGGACAGGGUCCUAAAGGGGACAGAGGAGAUACUGGACUGGCGGGAGAGAAAGGACAAAAAGGCUCGAAGGGGGACACACUGGUAAACGCCACCAAAGGAGACAAAGGGGCCCGAGGGGCUGUGGGCUCUCCGGGCUUGAACGGAGAGCCUGGGGCCAAGGGGGAGAAGGGGGAGAAGGGGGAGAGGGGGGAGAGGGGCUUCCGUGGAAACCCUGGGGAGAGGGGAGGCCAGGGGCAAAAGGGUGAGGUGGGGAUGAAAGGAGACAAAGGUAGCAAAGGGGGUACAGGGAUGGAAGGCAAAAGCGGCCCAGAGGGCUUGCCUGGAGCCCGAGGGGAUCCAGGGGCUAAAGGAGAAAGGGGAGCAUCAGGUCCUCCUGGUCCGGUGGGGCCUGUGGGGCCAAAGGGUGAGCUCGGGAGCAAAGGAGCCCGAGGAUCUAUUGGGAAGAAGGGCUCUCGGGGCCUCAAAGGCUCCAAGGGGGACAGUCCCAGAGUCUCACGAUCGGCUUUCAGUGCUGCUUUAUCAAAGCCUUUCCCACCUCCCAAUGUCCCUAUCAAAUUUGACAAGGUUUUCUAUAACGACCAAGGGAAUUACAGCCCUGUCACUGGGAAAUUUAACUGUAGUAUUCCUGGGGCAUAUGUAUUUUCCUACCACGUCACGGUGAGUGGCCGACCUGCUCGGAUCAGCCUGGUGGCCUGGAAUAAGAAGCAGUUCAAGUCCAGAGAAACGCUCUACGGCCACGAAAUAGACCAGGCCUCUCUCCUCGUCAUCCUGAAAUUAAGGGCAGGGGACCAAGUCUGGCUGGAAGUUUCCAAAGAUUGGAAUGGAGUGUAUGUCAGCGCUGAGGACGACAGCAUUUUUACGGGGUUCCUUUUGUACCCAGAGGUAACUCCUGGAAUGUCACCAUAA